UCUCCAAGCCACGUUUUUUUUUUCUUUCUUUCUUUCUUUUCGCUUUUGCUCGUUCCCUGAUACACCCGUGAUUCUUUCCUUUUUGCUUUCUUUUAUUCUUUUUGUCUGUACGCUCCCUUCACAUUCAUUUCGAUUUGGUUCCUUGUUAAAUAUGGAGGACGACAGUCCUCUUACCAAGGACGCUGGGCUUCCCCCACCCCCCAAACCUAGUGCCACGUUAACUUCGAGCUCAUCUUUUGGUCAACUCCUAAGUAUGGACAAUCCGAUCCAACUGGCAGCCAUUUCCAAUUAUAAAUUGGCUCAAUUGACAUUUGCUCCUCCCGACUUUCACUCAUUACGCAAGACCGCCAUCAUCAAGAAUAUGCUCGACAUACUUUACAGAGACACCCCCGUGGAAUGGCUGGAAUCCAUGACUCGCUGGGAAUUCUUUACACCAGAGUAAUUGAUUGGGGAUGGAUCGGGCAUUGACAAGAAAUGGAAACCUAAAAUAAUAGAUAUCCCAACUUUGUGAC